ACCAAACACACUUAUCAAUCUAGGUUUCUUCCUAGAGAAGAAGAAAAGAAAGAUAGAGACAUCCCAAAAGAGAUAAAAUGUUACAAAAUGUAACUUAUAUAUAAGAAAAAGACUUCACUAUCUUCUUAUAGCAACUUAUAUAUUACUACUUUGACAACAAAGUUUUGAUCUUUCUCUUCUCUUCUAAUUUGUCCACAUAGGAUCCUAUUAGUCCUUAGAAUUCCAAAGAAACAAAGCUUCAAGGAAGAUGAAAAAGUUCUGAACUUUGAUCAUAGUUUUGCAUGGCUAGUCAUAGAAUUAGAGAGAUUGGUUUAUCUGAGUCAGGACCUUCAAGUCAACAUGUCCCUUAUGGUGUUCUUCAUGGAAUCACUAGCUCAUCAUCAACUUUAAUGAAUCAAGGAUCUGCUUUUGAUUUUGGAGAGCUUGAAGAGGCAAUAGUUCUUCAAGGAAUCAAGAUAAGAAAUGAUGAGGGAAACAAACCAGCAGCUACACUUGAAAUGUUUCCUUCCUGGCCAAUUAGGUUCCAACAAACACCAAGAGUUGUUGCUUCUCUCACUUCUCCAUCUUUGACCAAUCCAUAUGGAGGUUCAAAAUCAGGAGGUGAAAGUAGUGAUUCAGGAUCAACAGAGAUUCAAUUUGAAACAGAUUCACCAUUAAGUAUAAAGGCAUCUUCUUCUUCAGAUCAUCAUCAUAAUCAUGGUUUUGAUCAGAUUCAACAGAUAGCAACAACUGAUGAAGCUGCUUUAAGAACAGGCACAUCACAGAAUCAGUCAAAAGCCAAAUCACCUCAACAAAAGAAAAAAGGAGCUGUUUCCACAUCAGAAAAAACACUUGAUCCAAAGACACUGAGAAGAUUGGCACAAAAUAGAGAAGCUGCAAAGAAAAGUCGAUUAAGAAAAAAGGCUUAUGUGCAGCAGCUUGAGUCAAGUCGAUUAAGAUUAUCGAAUCUCGAACAAGAUCUUCAAAGAGCGCGAUCGCAGGGACUAUUUUUAGGCUGUGGUGGUGGAAAUAUAAGCCCUGGAGCUGCAAUGUUUGACAUGGAGUAUGCAAGAUGGCUAGAGGAAGAUCAACGGCAGUUGACCGAGCUUCGUGGCGGGCUGCAUGCAGCAUUGGCUGAUAAUGAACUGAGAGCGAUUGUUGAUGGAUAUCUGUAUCAUUACGACGAGCUUUUCCGAUUAAAGGAAGUCGCUGUUAAAUCGGAUGUUUUUCACCUUAUUAAAGGUAUUUGGACUUCUCCGGCCGAGCGACCGUUCAUUUGGAUAGGCGGUUUCAAGCCCUCCGAGCUCAUCACGAUGUUGACACAACAAUUGGAGCCUCUAGCUGAGCAACAAAUAGUAGGGAUAAUGGAGCUAAGGCAAUCAUCACAUCAAGCAGAAGAAGCUCUCUCUCAAGGCCAUGAACAGCUCCACCAUUGUAUCGUCGACACCAUUGCCGGAGGGCCGGUCAUCGACGGUGUUCAACAGAUGGUCGCCGCCAUGGCCAGAAUCUCCAACCUUGAAGGAUUUGUCCACCAGGCUGAUAAUUUGAGACAACAAACACUUCAUCAACUAUGUCGAAUAUUGACCGUUCGUCAAGCAGCAAGAUGUUUUAUUGUAAUUGGAGAAUAUUAUGGACGUCUUCGGGCUCUUAGUUCUCUUUGGGCUUCGAGACCACGAGAGAACUUGAUGAAUGAUGAUAAUUCAUGCCAAGCAACAACGGAAUUGCAAAUGGUUCAACCUUCACAAAGUCAUUUCUCGAGUUUCUGAAAUAUUAAUAUGUAAUUGAUUGAUACUAAUUACUACUAAUUAAUUAGCUUGAAAGCUUCUUUUUGCAA